AUUUACGAAAAGUAUUCAAUAAAUUAAAAAGUGUAAGGACAAUAUUGACAAUUUAUUAUUUAAUAAUUCAUUUUAGCAAAGAACUUUAACAUAAGGAGAUUGUAACUUGGAAAUUCUGGGAUUGAACUUACGAAUUCUUACUAAUUACUUAUAAGAUAAUGGCACUGUGCAGAACUUGUUUUAAAAAAGUGUAUGUUUUAAACUGCCAUUUAUAUUUUUUUUAAACUAAAUAUUUUAUAAAUACUUCACAAUUAUAUUAUAUAGAUUAUUAGAUUAAAAUGCAUAUAUAAAUACAUACUACGGAAAUUUCAUUAUGUAAAGAAAUAAUAAUAUAAUACCUAUACAGUAUACAUAGUAGUAAAAAGUCUUCAUAAAUCGCAUUUUUUAAUUAUAUAACGAAAUAAAUAAAUCGAUAUGUUUUUUGUUUAAAUACCCAAUAGGUACUUUUACUUAUACAUUAGUUUUUAGUAUCUUAAACUAUGAUUCAAUAGAAUAUUAAGUAGGUAUACACCUACUUAUAUAUUUAAUUCACCACUUGAAAUUUCCAACAAACUAUUAAGGUAGGUACUUAAAAUUAGAUAAAAAUAGUGUAGAUAAAUAAAAAGUUAAACAUAAGAUUGGCAAUACACUCAGUGAAUUCCCAGGAGCGAUGAAUACGAGCGUUUAUAACUAAUAUUUAUGAAUACGGUUGUCAGGUUUUGAUUGCAAAGUUAAGGCUAACAGCAUUUCACUAAAUGUUUAUUUUAAAUAUAUUGAAAAAUCAAAUUUUUACUUUAUAGAUUGAAUAAUCGUGUUAUUAGACAAAUCAUAAAAUAAUUGAAAAAUUUAAAUAAUUUUAUUUAAAUCUUAUAAUUUUUCCAAUAUAUAUAAAUAGGUAUAUUUAAUUGUUCCACUCGUGCUGUGUUCUACUGCUGUCUGCUGUGAGCUUCAAUGACACUCUCAAGAAAAAGAUCAAUAGACACGACCAAGCACAUAUUUUUGAAACCAAAAAUUUUCAUUUUAUGGAUGGUAUUCUUUACAUUAAUAUAUUGGACUUAUUCAUAUUAUUCUUUGACUGCAUUUGAAGUGCCUCUUAGUAAACCACGUUCACUUAUCUUAGACCCAGAUAAAUCUGGAUAUUUAAUUAAUACAUCAGGAUGUCGAAUUCCAGAAAUGUAUUUGAAUGGACCUAAAAUAGAUAAAUAUCUUAAUCCUAACGUAGAACUAAAUUGCAAAACGAAAUGGAAUCUUACUCUCCCAUAUUUAAUAACCUCAGAUUUAACAUCACUAAUACUGAAUAUGACAGCAUGGGCUACUUUAAAUAUCAGUGAGGGUGAUACAAGUUUUGUAUGUUAUUACAUACCAGUAGAAAGGUCAACAAUUGACAACGACCAAGAUCCUAACACGUUUAAUGAUAAUGGUGUGAAAUUUGGCGAAAAAGUAUAUUUUGCACACAAUACGACAGUUUCAAACGAAAUGGUUGAAGUAGUAUGCACAUUAAAUUCAAGUAUAGUUUACAAAUAUUAUCAUAUAUUCAUACAACCUACUUCAUCAGUAAGGAACCGAAAAGACGGAGAUGUAAGUGUAUUACUUUUGGGUUUAGACGCGGUAUCUCGUAUGAACUUUCAUCGUCAAAUGCCAAAAACUAGUGCGUUCUUAUCUGAAAUUGGCACUGUGGAAAUGAUAGGUUAUAAUAAAGUUGAGGAUAACACAUUUCCAAAUGUAGUUCCCACACUGACUGGAAUGUCAAUUGAAGAGUUGAAACUAAACUGUUGGCCUGAAAACGACGAUUUUUUUGAUAAGUGUCAUUUUGUUUGGGAUGAUUAUAAAAAUGCUAAUUUUAGCACAGCUUUCGCUGAAGAUAGUACUUUAAUUGGAAUGUUUAAUUAUUUAAAAUCUGGAUUUUUUAAACAACCCACUGACCAUUAUUUAAGACCAAUGAUGACCCAUGCUGAAAAUAGCAUAGGCCACACAUCGAUAAUAAACACUUUAGGUUGUUAUGGUACUCGGUUGGCAAUGACCAUGAUGCUUGAUUAUGCCUAUAAAAUUGCAUUAUCUAUGACUAAUCACUUAUAUAUGAGUGUAUUUUGGACGACGAGUUUAACGCACGAUUACGUAGAGUAUCCGAAAUUUGGUGAUGAUGAUUUAAGGGACUUUUUUGAUGCGUUUAACAAGUCUGGUGAGCUCAAUAAAACGAUUGUCAUACUAAUGAGUGAUCACGGAAUCAGGUGGGGACGCUUUAGGGACACAUACCAGGGUAGUUUGGAAGAUAAGCUACCCAUGUUGAAUUUCAUCAUACCACAGUGGUUUAAAAAUAUGUAUCCCAGCGCAAUAGAGAAUUUGAAUAAAAACACGUUUCGUUUAACAACGCCGUAUGAUUUACACGAGACACUAUUAGAGUUCAUCGACAUGAACCAGCUCGAUGACAAUGCAAUUGCGAGACGAACGAAAAUGAAUAAAUAUAAAAGAGGCACAAGUUUGUUUCUUGAAAUCCCAGAAAAUAAAAGUUGUGAAACAGCAGGAAUACCUAAAAAUUAUUGCGCGUGCCAAGAGGAGAGGCAGGACUUAGCUGUAGAUAACGCAAACGUCGUCAAAGCGGCUAAUGCCUUAAUGCAAUAUGUAAAUUUCAAGUUGUCGGCGUAUAAUACACUUUGCGCAAAUCUAACGCUGCAAGAGAUCUAUAAAGCAUCAGUUGAAAUCGAUAAUAAUACUGCAGUGAAAGAUUACUUAAUACAAGUAAUUACGGUUCCUGGUUCUGCGAAAUUCGAAGCAACGUUAAGACAUCAUAACGAUAACUUUGAAAUGAUGGGUUCAGUUGGUAGAUUAAAUUUAUAUGGCAAUCAGAGUAUUUGUAUGGAUGACGCUAAAAUGAAGUUAUUGUGUUAUUGUAUUCAUACAAAUUAAACUCAAAAACACAUAGGUACUUCGAGUAAUGUCCCAAACUCAUAUCAUUUUAUCAAUAUAUUAUUAUAUUAAAGUGAUUAUUUUAUUAAUCAGUACUCGACAGAUAAAAUAAUGUAAGUCGCAAUAAUUACUACUCAUUAGUAAAAUGAGGGACAAAAAAAUCGAUUUUUCUAAUGGAGCUUAAUUUGUUUUGUAAUAUGAUAUUUUUUAUUUUAUAUAUUUUCUUUAUAAUAUAUACGACUAUGUGCAUUAUAUUUUCACAAAAACAAAUAUCAGUUUUUAAUUUUUAUUCAUUGAUAUGUGCAUUUGCGUAUU